UGGGCAUGUCAACUUUACUCCGAGUGUCGGUAUAAGGACCAACAUAUUUUUUUUUAGACAAAACUGCACACUCUCGUUUUUUAACAGAGCCGUAUCGUUCGCAGAAGAAACUGGCAGGGAAGUCUACGAACUUUGAUUCUCUAAGAUUUUUUGAAACUGGCAAAAGCGUCCAAGAUAGCGUAUCUGUUGGAGUGGUGGUACACUCCAAAAUUUGAGGGGACUUGAGCAUCCCUUGUAUUCAACUGCUCCUGAAAUGACAUCACAGCAGCCUCCUCUCCCCAAUGCAAACAUCAGCUCUCCCCAGCUCGCCCAACAGAACUCUUCUGCUCACCAGGCCCGGCCUCAUAUCCAAGCUAACCUGGACUCCUCUCACGGCAGUGCAGGGGCUUCUCAGUCCCUCCACCACAGAGCUCCUAUGGAUGGGGCAGGCUCUUCCAGUGUGGGGACCAGCGGAGCAGCAAUAAAUAGGGAUACCUCUCCCUCCUGCUCUAACGCCACAUUGUCAAGGAGAUCUUCAUCUGGGUGUGCUGAACCCUGGCCAGAGGAGGCGGUGGACAAUUCGUAUGGGCUGUAUUCACUCCAUCACAUGUUUGACAUAGUUGGAGCCCAGCUAACGCACCGGGAUGUCCGGGUGUUGUCUUUCCUGUUUGUGGACGUCAUCGAUGAGUAUGAGCGUGGAGGGAUCAGGAGUGGAAAAGACUUCUUGCUGGCCUUGGAACGCCAAGGGCGCUGCGAUGAGACCAACUUCAGACAUGUGCUGCAGCUGCUACGAAUCAUCACGCGCCAUGAUCUGCUGCCCUAUGUCACGCUGAAGAAAAGACAGGCUGUGUGCCCAGACCCUGUUGACAAGUACCUAGAGGAGACAUCAGUGCGUUAUGUGUCCCCAAGUGGAGCAACUCAGAAUCGGGAGGCUGGGACUCACAGAAGGACAGGCCCUCAGCCAGUGAUUUGCUGUUCCCCAACGGGACCUCAGGUUGGUCCCUCCCGAACAAAGCCUAUCCAGCCAUCCUCCAGCCGUAAGAGGAAGAGGAGCCACUCUACGGCAGACUGCAGAGAGAAGCAAACCUGUGAUAUCCGCCUCCGAGUACGUGCCGAAUACUGCCAGCAUGAUUCGGCGCUCCAGGGCAAUGUGUUCUCCAACAAACAGGAGGCGGUCGAGCGACAGUUUGAGCGCUUCAACCAGGCCAACACCAUCCUCAAGUCCCGAGACUUGGGCUCCAUUAUCUGCGACAUCAAGUUCUCAGAGCUCACCUACCUGGAUGCCUUCUGGAGGGACUACAUUAAUGGCUCACUGCUAGAAGCCCUCAAGGGUGUCUUCAUAACGGACUCCCUCAAACAGGCCGUGGGCCACGAGGCUAUCAAACUGCUUGUCAAUGUGGAUGAGGAGGAUUACCAGGCCGGAAGACGCAAGCUGCUUCGCAAUUUAGUCACAAGCGCAGGGAGCUUAGCUGGUGGUGGCAAAGAGCCUGCAUCUUAGGCACUCUUCCCAGGAGGUAGCGCAGGGGGACACAUUGUUGCCCCUCCACCACAAGGAACCGAAGGGAGAUGUCGUUGUGUCUGCUGAGGUGCCUGAGUGCCAUUCCGUGGCAGCAAUUCCUUAAGAAUUCAGAUAAGGAAUCCAGCGGACCAUCCGAUCGGAAUUGGAGUUCAGGUCAGCAAGAAGAGGCACGCAUUGCAUAUAGUUUAACAGUGUUCUGAAUGUUGAGCCUAUUAUUUUCCACAAGGGGGACAAUGGUGAUUAUAGAAACGUGUUAAAUAUUAAAAAAAAGGAAAAAAAAGAAAAUAGCUGUCUUUUGCUAUACUCACAGAUCAUUUAUACAUACUCAUCAACUCCCCUGGGUUUAACUGUAACCUAACAUUACUUAAAAGUGACAUUUAUAGGUCUACCCUUACUGUUAAGGAGUAAAAUUAAUGUUUUAAAUAAACAACAUAAACAUGUCAUUGUCAGAAGUAGAAGUACCUCCCAGUAAAACGAAAUAACAAUUAAUUGGACUAACCAAAGUUAUCUUUUACUGUUUUUUUUUCAAGAAUCACACACAAAUUCAAUUUUUCUUAUCCCUCCAAAUUUGCAUGUAGGUUUUACUUUUUUUAUAUCAAGAAUACAUUAAU